GUAUGACAAAGAUGGGUCAGACAUCAAGCUAUUGGACAAGAAAAAGGAUUCCAGCAUUGUCCCAUCAUCCCCCUCAUCACAAGAUGGUGCAGAGGCUCCCACAUCAUCAACCACCACACCAGCUGUUACAAGUCAAAUUACAGAAGAUAUUGCUAAUGGCUACAGAACCUGUUUGCGAUACUUCCUGCCCCCUCAGUGGAUCAUGGACAAAGAUGCCAUCACAGCCAUGUCAUUUCAGGAGUUGUCAGACUUUCCAUUGGAUGAUUUCUUUGACCACUAUGAACGGGGGCUCAGACGUCUGGUCAGUAAUUUCCAGACUGAAGCCACGCUAAGAAAACAAGAGUCUGAGGAUGCCAAGACAAAGCUGGUUGCAGUUAGGAAACUCAUUGCCAAACUUUUAAAAUCUACCAAUGAGGAAGAGGGCAAUCAGGAUUUUGACAUCGACCCAGAAGAGUCAGGUGACCAAGUGGAUGAGCUUCUAGCAGCUUGUGUGAGGCAAGCAACAUCCCAAACAUCAUAAACUCAGACAUUUUAGAACAUCAUGAUGUGUGUGUAUGAGGCUAAAAACACCCCAAACAACACAGGUGCGUUUGGACAGCAUGAUGUGUGUGUGAGCAACAUCCCAAACAUGAUGAAGUCAGACAACAAGUGUGUACAAGUUUGGACAGGCCAGGCUGGAGGAGAUACAGGCCAACCCUGAUUGACAUGGCAGUGGUCAGCCCUGAUUGACAUGGCAGUGGUCAGCCCUGAUUGACAUGGCAGUGGUCAGCCCUGAUUGACAUGACAGUGGUCAGCCCUGAUUGACAUGACAGUGGUCAGCCCUGAUUAACAUGGCAGUGGUCAGCUCUGAUUGACAUGGCAGUGGUCAGCCCUGAUUGACAUGACAGUGGUCAACCCUGAUUGACAUGACAGUGGUCAGCCCUGAUUGACAUGACAGUGGUCAGUCCUGAUUGACAUGACAGUGGUCAGUCCUGAUUGUCAUGGCAGUGGUCAGCCCUGAUUGGUUGGUAGUGGGGACACUUAUCUAGAGUUGUAGGUUUAGUGCCUUGAUGAAUGUCAAAUAGAGGAACUGCCUUAUAUGUGGAGCUACAACACCUAGCUACUAGGCCAAAUGUUAAUGUUAGAAUCUACCCAUUCAUGUCUUAGUGUUAGUGGACCAGUUUUUGAUUUUCAAUGUAAGGGAGGCUAGGCUAGGCUAGUGUCCACCCAGCCCACGGCCAGUGUCCACCCUAGGUUAGAGUGUCCUUUAUGUCUGUUGUUGGCUGCACCACCAAGUCUUGUAUCGCUUGAACCUCUACAACCUGGACCAAAAUAUAUGGGUCACUUCUGGUCAUUUCUUGUUGACUUUUAAAUUUGCUCAUGGUUUUAAUGUGUCAAUACUUUUUAUGUAGCUUUUUGUUGGUCAGUUUUAAAGUGUUUUUUUCGCCUUUUGUUUUGAUGUUCUAUUGGCACUAAAGAAUGCAUUUAGUAAAUGUACCCACACUUGAAGCUGGAUAACCAACUGCAACAGCUUUGUGAUUGUAAGCUGUCACUGCUGGACAACCAGCUGAAGCUGUUCUAUAAGAAUUGGCUGAAGGUUCAUUCAUUUGUCACAUCUGGACAGCCAUCUCUCUGAGAAUUGGCUGAAGGUUCAUUCAUUUGUCACAUCUGGACAGCCAUCUCUCUGAGAAUUGGCUGGAGGUUCAUUCAUUUGUCACAUCUGGACAGCCAUCUCUCUGAGAAUUGGCUGAAGGUUCAUUCAUUUGUCACAUCUGGACAGCCAUCUCUCUGAGAAUUGGCUGAAGGUUCAUUCAUUUGUCACAUCUGGACAGCCAUCUCUCUGAGAAUUGGCUGGAGGUUCAUUCAUUUGUCACAUCUGGACAGCCAUCUCUCUGAGAAUUGGCUGAAGGUUCAUUCAUUUGUCACAUCUGGACAGCCAUCUCUCUGAGAAUUGGCUGAAGGUUCAUUCAUUUGUCACAUCUGGACAGCCAUCUCUCUGAGAAUUGGCUGGAGGUUCAUUCAUUUGUCACAUCUGGACAGCCAUCUCUCUGAGAAUUGGCUGAAGGUUCAUUCAUUUGUCACAUCUGGACAGCCAUCUCUCUGAGAAUUGGCUGAAGGUUCAUUCAUUUGUCACAUCUGGACAGCCAUCUCUCUGAGAAUUGGCUGAAGGUUCAUUCAUUUGUCACAUCUGGACAGCCAUCUCUCUGAGAAUUGGCUGGAGGUUCAUUCAUAUGUCACAUCUGGACAGCCAUCUCUCUGAGAAUUGGCUGGAGGUUCAUUCAUAUGUCACAUCUGGACAGCCAUCUCUCUGAGAAUUGGCUGGAGGUUCAUUCAUAUGUCACAUCUGGACAGCUAUCUCUCUGAGCAUUGGCUGAAGGUUCAUUCAUUUUUGGGCAUUGGUCACAGCUGGUCAGAUGUUGCUUUAGGAAUUAUUUCUUCACACCCCUUUCCCCCUAUCUACUUUAAUGAUAAUGUAAAAAUCUAUCAGAAGUGUCUUGUAUAUUUCCUAAGCAUUGUCUGUUUGCCUGAUGAAAUCAUUAUUGUACAGAAGCUCACUUGUGUGGAGACUUGCUGAGUUAGCCUGUGACUCUGGUCACUGGCUAGGUUAGAGCAUGACCGGUCACUGGCUAGGUUAGAAUGUGACCGGUCACUGGCUAGGUUAGAAUGUGACCGGUCACGGGCUAGGUUAGAAUGUGACCGGUCACUGGCUAGGUUAGAAUGUGACCGGUCACUGGCUAGGUUAGAAUGUGACCGGUCACUGGCUAGGUUAGAAUGUGACUGGUCACUGGCUAGGUUAGAGCAUGACCGGUCACUGGCUAGGUUAGAAUGUGACCGGUCACUGGCUAGGUUAGAAUGUGACCGGUCACUGGCUAGGCUAGAAUGUGACCGGUCACUGGCUAGGUUAGGUCAUGGGUUUUUGUGCAACAUGUGCUGUGCCCAGGAAACUAGCACAAGCACCUUUUUUGUUGUACAACAGCCUGUGUCUAUUGUACACCUGUCAUUGUCCAGCCAGCACUACCAUGUGUUGUAAGAGUAGGAUCUGAAUGUCAGCACCACACCAAUGAUGCAAGCACAACUCUGUUUAUUCAUUCAAUGUUUUUUAAUAUACAAAACUUUUAUUUGAAAAAAAUUUCAUGGCUAGAGACCAUGUUUAUGUCAUAUUCUGUGUAUUAGCUUUUAUCAUGUGUAUAAAGGAAAUCAUAAUGUUGAUAAUAAAUUUUCUUUUGAUUAUGAU